AUGAUAAAGAAUGUUUUCCUUUCUAAUUCAAUAAAGGAGGAAAAGAAAUCUUUAAUCAAAGAAUAUUUGGAUUCUCUAGGAGAAGAAUUUCGAUUUGUCUGUUCAGAUCUUUCUUCAAAUUCACUCAGAAUUGUAUCUGAUAACGAAAUUUACCUCCAGAACCGUCUAAAAGUCCCCACAGUAACAUUUAUUGGACUAAGAGCAGUAAUAGAACAUGGUAUGAAUCCAUAUCAGUUAAAACCUACAGAUAAAAUUAAAAAUUUAUUACUAAUUCAUAAAUCAGUUGCAUUUCAUAAUUCAAUUGAUACAAAAACACGUUCUCAACUCUCAAGAUCAGUCGUAUUAAUGGGUGGAUCGAUUACAGAUGCAGGUAGAAGGCCAGAUUACUGCAUUGGAAAUCCUUCGCUCAUAUUAUCAAAUCAGAACACAUACUAUACUCCAGAUUGGAUAGUAGCAAUGGAAAAUUCUACACAUUUCAUAGAUCCUAAACAAUUCAUGAUUCAACAAAUUUCACCGAAGAAAACUGUUAGUUCUCAAGUAUUAUUAUCAGCUUUCGAUUCACCAAGCAGGAUAAAUCCAUUAGUCAUCGUCCAGUCUCAAUCUUCUGCUGAAUCACAACAGCAAAUUAGACUUUUUAGCCAAGAAUUCUCUCAAAGAACUCAUAGUAGGCAUGGAAGUCCAAUAUCCAAGCUCCCAUCUCAACAGCAGUCACAAUCAUCAUGUAUUGUUCCACCUCCAGAACCAGUUGUUUACGAUAUUGAAGAACCAGCAGAAGAAGAUGAAGACAAAGAAAAGAAAAUAGAAGAAACAGAAAAACAACAUGUUGAAGAAAACAAAAAUCCAGAAAAAGUAGAAAAAAUUGUUAAUGAACAACCAAAAAAGGAAGAAAAAGAGAAACCACCAAAAGUAGACAUUUCUUCAAUCAGAAAAAUGAUAAAUCUUAGACUUAAAGAAAACCAAAAUGCUAAUGUCAACAGUCCAACAGAGAAGAAAGUUAUCAAUUUCGAUAAUGUAAUACAAUUUACACAAAAACAAAUUGAAAAUGAUGACUCCGAAGAAGAAGUAAUUGACUAUGAACAAGAAACUCAACAACCUCCUUCACAAAGCCAAUAUUUCCCAUCACAAGAUCCUCUGUUGAAUGCACUUUCAUAA